AAAACCAACUGUCGUGGGGUUUAGAAAGCUGCGGCCGUGCUGUCACUUUGCAGAUUUUUCCCGGCACAGAUUGGGUUGUUGUGAUUAUUUUGUUUCAUUUGCAAAUUGUAAAUUUUCUGAAAGUCACUUCAAAAAUUAGAUUUCCUGUUUACCCUCGUUAGUGUAAGAUAAAAGUGUUCUAAUUUAAACCAUGGCCGCAUAUAUGACUAAAAUUGGGUUAGUUUCUCCAGUAUUUGCUUCGUGUCUCCGGAAUAAUGUUUAUCGUGGCUUGGCAACAACCGCAACUCCAACAAAAACAAAUCGAAGUGGUCAAAAUAUUGUUCUUGUUGAUGGAGUUCGAACGCCAUUUUUAUUGUCUGGAACGACUUACUCAAAUUUGAUGCCACACGAUCUCGCUAGACAUGCCCUUCUGAGUCUACUUCGUAAAACGAAAAUCGAUAAAGAACUUAUCGACUAUGUCAUUUAUGGCACAGUUAUCCAAGAGGUGAAAACCUCAAAUAUUGCACGCGAAGCAGCCAUUUCAGCUGGCUUUAGUGAGAAAACCCCGGCACAUACAGUGACGAUGGCCUGUAUUAGCUCUAAUCAGGCGAUCACAACAGGCAUGGGAUUGAUUGCUACAGGAACAUUUGAUGUUAUCGUUGCUGGUGGUGUUGAGUUCAUGUCAGAUGUGCCAAUUCGUCAUAACAGAAAAAUGAGGUCGUUAAUGUUGAAGGCAAACAAAGCGAAAACCCCACUUCAACAAAUCCAACUUCUUUUGUCACUAAGGCCAGGUCAUUUUGUCCCCGACCUUCCGGCCGUUGCAGAGUUCUCAUCUGGGGAGACAAUGGGACAAUCAGGUGACCGUUUAGCAGCUGCAUUCAAAGUUUCACGACAGGAGCAAGACGACUAUGCUUUAAGGUCCCAUACAGUUGCCAAAGAAGCACAAGACAAAGGAUACUUCACAGAUUUAGUUCCAUUCAAAGUGUCCGGAGUUAGCAAAGUUGUUGAUAAAGACAACGGUAUCCGUGUUUCGUCAAAGGAAGCACUUGCGAAACUAAGGCCAGCUUUCUUCAAACCACACGGAACUGUUACUGCAGCUAAUGCAUCAUUUUUGACUGACGGUGCAUCUGCCUGCCUUAUAAUGACUGAAGAGAAAGCCAAGGAGCUUGGUCUAAAACCGAAAGCUUAUCUCAGAAACUUUUUGUAUGUUUCACAAGAUCCUAUUGACCAACUUCUACUUUCACCCGCUUAUGGUAUUCCAAAACUGCUUAAGAGGUCUGGACUUACUUUGAAAGACAUCGACACAUGGGAAAUCCAUGAAGCAUUUGCUGGACAAAUUCUAGCAAAUCUAAAAGCCCUGGAUUCAGAUUGGUUCUGCAAGAACUACAUGGGUCUACCAGAGAAAUUUGGAACCCCUGAUAUGAGCAAAUGGAACGCAUGGGGAGGCUCACUUUCAAUUGGUCAUCCAUUUGCCGCGACAGGGGUUCGGCUAUGCAUGCAUUCGGCUCACCGCUUGGUACGAGAGGAUGGUAAAUAUGGAGUUGUAGCGGCUUGUGCUGCUGGCGGGCAAGGUGUUGCAAUGUUGAUUGAAAGAUAUCCGGGUGCAACUGCAGAUUAAAUAUUGUUUUGCGAGUUUCUGUUUAAAGUGUCUAACCCUAUUUAUUACCGUGUGCCUUUGAUAUUUUUCUUGAAGGAGAGCGGAUGCAAUAUCAAAUAAUUUUUCAAC